AUGGGACUUCUGUCCCAGCAGACCACCGUUACGCAGGUGGUCAUCGUCGUCGGCUUCCUGCUCCUGUUGUCAGUUUUUGCCCAUGUCGCCAAACAGAUCUUGUUCAAGAAUCCCAACGAGCCGCCCGUGGUCUUCUCCUGGUUCCCCUUCUUCGGAAGCACCGUUAUCUACGGCAUGGACCCGCCCGCUUUCUUCCACGCCAACAGAGCAAAGUACGGCGAUAUCUUCACCUUUAUCCUCCUUGGCAAGAAGACCACCGUCUAUGUCGGACCCAAGGGCAACGAUUUCAUCUUGAACGGCAAGAUCAAGGACGUCAACGCUGAGGAGAUCUACUCCGUCUUGACCACGCCCGUCUUCGGCAAGGAUGUUGUCUACGAUUGCCCCAACUCCAAACUCAUGGAACAGAAGAAGUUCAUGAAGGUCGCCCUCACCACGCAAGCUUUCCAGUCGUACGUACCCAUCAUCGCCGACGAAGUUUCCUCGUACUUCAAGAAGAACCCCCUUUUCAAGAGCCAAUCCGGCAUCGUCAAUAUUGGGCCCAUCAUGGCCCAACUCACCAUCUUCACCGCGUCACACUCAUUGCAGGGAAAGGAGGUCCGGAAUAAGUUCGACGAGUCCUUGGCCGAUUUGUAUCACGACCUCGACAUGGGCUUCAGCGCAGUCAACUUCGUGCUGCACUGGGCCCCGCUCCCGUGGAACAACAAGCGUGAUCAUGCUCAAAGAACCAUUGCCAAGAUCUAUAUGGAUACAAUCAAGGAGCGCCGAGCCGCUGGCCAGACCAACUCGCAGGAUAUGAUGUGGCAUUUGAUGAACUCGACGUACAAGAAUGGCACGCCAGUCCCUGACCACGAGGUCGCGCACAUGAUGAUUGCUCUGCUGAUGGCCGGUCAACACUCAUCGUCUUCUACAAGCUCAUGGAUCAUGCUCUAUCUCGCGGCGCGACCAGACAUCAUGGAGGAACUGUACCGUGAACAGGUUGAGGCCCUCGGCGCUGAUCUCCCACCGCUCACCUAUGAGGAUCUUGCAAAACUGCCCCUGAACCAGGCCGUCAUCAAAGAGACCCUUAGACUCAACGCCCCGAUCCAUUCCAUCAUGCGCAAGGUGAAGCAGCCUAUGCCCGUGCCGGGUACCAAAUACGUCGUGCCGGCGAACCAAACGCUCCUCGCCGCAGCGGGUGUUUCGGCAUCGGAUCCGCAGUACUUUCCCGAGCCAGAUCUCUGGGAACCGCACCGAUGGGACAAAGAAUCGCCGAUCGCACCUAGAAUCCCGCGCAGCGACCCUGAGAAGGAUGAGACGAUUGACUAUGGCUACGGUCUGGUCAGCAAGGGAUCCAUGUCGCCAUAUCUUCCCUUUGGUGCGGGUAGGCAUCGCUGCAUCGGCGAGCAUUUCGCCAACGCACAGUUGCAGACCAUCACGGCCAUGAUUGUGCGCAUGUUCAAGUUCCGAAACCCCGAUGGCAGCAACAAAGUCAUCGGUACAGAUUAUGUUUCGCUGUUUUCGCGACCGCUGGAGCCUGCCAACGUCUACUGGGAGAAGCGAGAGAAGAUUGCGUAG